GUUAUAGAUAAUAUAGUUGAAUUGUUAGAGCCUAUACUUAUCGCAACAGAAUUAUUAUCCUCAAGCUCAUAUUCAACUAUCUCUGAUAUUUGUUUAACUUUUUUGGGACUUUAUCAUCAUCUUAGCAAAUUUAUAGAUAAUAAAUCACAAAUUACAGAACAGUAUAUAAUGGCAGAUUCUAUUAGGUUUAAGCUAAAUAAAUAUUGGUUCAUACUUGAAGAAUCAACUAUAAUUACAAUUCUUGACCCCUCAUCUAAGCUUUUGACUUUUCCUACUAAUAAUGAAAAGGAUACUGCUCUUACUAGUCUAAAAAAUACUAUAACUCAGUAUAACAUCCCAGCAACAACUACAACUACAACUAUGCCUAAAUUGAUGCCUAAAAAUAAAAGAAAGUUUUUUAAAUUAUUAUUAAUACAGCAACAAACAAUCAAGCAACUCUUAAUGGAGGAGUUAUAA